AUGGCUCAAGCAGCCCCCCCUUCAACGACGAUCAUCCCCUUUGCGAACCUGCCCGCCUGUGCGCUCAACUGCGGCGUUCUCUACGAUGCGAACGGCGGCUGUGUGCCCCCAGCAUCUGGCAACAGUGUCGACAACAAUUGUUUCUGUGACUUUGCUCCCCUUCAGCCCUUCAAACAGGGCUCCGUGUCAGGCCCUUGCGACGCGGCUGGCUGCGCUGCCGCCGACCUGACGAGCAUUCAAUCAUGGUACACCAGCUAUUGUACCGCCGCGCUCGGUGACUCUCAGCCCACCGUUACCACGCCCACGGGCACGGGCACGGGCACAGGCACGGCCGCGUCCUCAACAUCUACAGGUGGCAGCAGUGCGGGCAGCUCGGGUUCCAGCUCAAGUGGCGGCGGCGGCGAUUGGAUCUCCAACCACUGGCGAUGGGUCAUCGCUAUUGUCAUUCUCAUUGUUGGUAUCGCUGGUAUCUGGAUCGGCGCCUGCAUCUGGCGCCGCCGUUACCUCAAGCGCAAGGACCGCUCCAACCAGUUCGGCAAGCACACUUCGGCCACGGCCUUCCCAGCCCACGGCGGCUCCAGCGCUCACGUCCCCGGUCCCGGUGCCACCGAAGCCCAGAGCGGCCCCGGCAUGUUCAUGCCUAGCGCGGCACCAGGGCCCUAUGAGGAGAAGCCCAAGAAGGAGAAGAAGAAGUGGAUUGUCAACCAAAGGACAUGA